AUGUCAUCAUCUUCCUCUUCUUCCGACGAUGAAGAAGAAGAGAUGUCAUCAUCAGAUCAAAAAGAAGAGUUGCCAUCCACAAGCUCGUCUUCAAGUGAUGGAUCGAAAGAUACUUUGUUCAACCCAUUCGAAGAAGAAGACUGGACACCUCGUAGAACUAUAAGAAGGAAAGAGCAGACAUUGCAAGCCACGAUAUGCGCCUUAUUGAUCUUAUCAAGAUGGCAAGGAGAGCGUAUAAUGGAUAUAGAAUUGAUUAGGGCAGAGAAGAGGCAAUUAGAAAUAUCUGAUCGAGAAAGAAGCUUAGUAGAAAAUGGUGCAUAUACAUCCUACAGGUGUAUGAACGUGAACAAAAAAGGGAAAGGAAAAAUAAACGGAAAAUCAAAAGUGCAACCCACACAUCUGAAAUUCGUCGACAUCAAGGAGAACCCUUGGUCCAAGUUGAUCGAAUUCUUAGGACUGUUGAAAGCAGAUGGAAAAGCCGAUAAGGAUCCUCAGGAAAUAAGGUCUUGUUUAGGUAUACUGAAUUAUCUCAUACAAGAAAAGCUCUUACCUCUCAUCCGAAACAGAGAUUACAUCCACACUGUCUCCGGGAAAGAAGCUAGAACGGCCAGAUCGUCUAAAGACUUCGCGUUGUCUUUACCUGACGGUAUCCGUCCCAUCUAUGUAAAUUCUCAUCAAGCGACUCUCAUCAAUCAAAUUCCCUCUUUUUUACUCUUACGUUUAGUUCAAUAUGCCUUGUCACACGAUCGGAUAAAACCAACUGCACUUGAUCUAUCCUAUCUACCAUAUAUCUACGUCAAUCCGUUCUUGGAGGAACUGAACUUUCCUUCCUUGUUUGAUUUGGUAGGGUCUAGCGUAGAUAAAGUAACUCAUUUGGACUUAUCAUACAAUCAAAUGGGCAACAACGAUCUCACGGAUGAGAGUACAUUUCCCAAAUUCAAUCCAUUUCCAUUCCUGAAUAUCGAAGUAUUAGUUCUUCUUCACGUCGAUCAUUUAACCUCUCUACCCAUGAAGAUGAUUAGACUUCCUCGUCUUCGUCGGGCAAGAUAUUUUGGCACUUCACUUACACCAGAUGCCGGUAAAUAUCUGUAUGGUUUUGAUAGCCCGCAGAGGCUCAGUCCGCCUGUCCGGUUUUCAUACCGUACGCGCAAAGGCAGGAGAAACGUCAGUUUGAUUCAUAAUUGUAUAUUAGCUUUACACAAGUUUCGUGAUUCGUUCUUUUUUCAAUCGGAUCAAGAAAGAUCAUCUUGGUCCAAAGAUUUGAUUCAGUCAUUACCUGAUCAUCUGUCAAAGCUAUUUGAGUAUUCAUACACUUGUGACAGAUGUCAAGAAUUCAACAUAGAAGAUGAAUGGCAAAAUAGAGAAAAUGCUAGACUCCGAGUAACUGUUGUAUACCCUGUAAGAAGUGCUGUUUGUGUUGAAGGUGGUAAUGCAAUAUGA